AUGGCAGAGGCUACCCUUCACAACGUGCCGAUUGUCAUUGACAAUGGCAGCGGCACCAUUCGAGCUGGAUUUGCAGGCGAGGAAAUUCCGUCAUGUUAUUUCCCGUCGUUUGUCGGUCGCCCCAAACACCCGCGGGUCAUGGCCGGCGGUCUGGAGGGCGAUUCAUUCAUCGGCCAGCGCGCGCAGGACCUCCGCGGUCUGCUGAAGAUCAGAUAUCCACUCGAGCAUGGAAUUGUCACAAAUUGGGAGGACAUGGAGUCGAUUUGGCACUACGUCUACGAGAACGAGCUCAAGACCCUCCCCGAGGAGCACCCCGUGCUGCUCACCGAACCGCCGUUGAACCCUCGCGCAAACCGCGAUAUGGCCGCCCAGCUUAUGUUUGAGGCUUUCAACGUACCCGCACUCUACAUGUCUAUUCAGGCAGUGUUAUCUCUGUACGCGUCCGGCCGCACGACUGGUGUGGUCCUGGACUCCGGAGAUGGUGUCUCCCACGCUGUGCCGGUGUUCGAAGGCUUCGCUAUCCCCAACAGUAUCAGGAGAAUCGACGUGGCCGGUCGCGAUGUCACAGAACAGAUGCAAUUGCUCUUGCGAAAAGCUGGCCACGUGCUGCACACCAGCGCCGAGAAGGAGGUCGUUCGGAUGAUCAAGGAGAAGGUCUGUUACGUAUCGCUUGACCCGAAGCGCGAAGAGAAGGAGUGGAUGAACAGCUACCACAAGUCGGAUGCCAAGGCAAUUGACUAUACACUACCUGACGGCCACAAGAUUAAGAUCGGCCAAGAACGCUAUCGCGCCCCUGAAAUCCUCUUCGAUCCUGAACUGAUCGGUCUCGAAUACCCCGGUGUGCACCAAAUCGUUCAAGAUGCCAUCACUCGUACCGACCUUGACCUUCGCAAAUCCUUAUACCUCAACAUUGUUCUCUCUGGUGGUUCAACGCUGUGCAAGAACUUCCCAGACCGUCUGAUGCGUGAAAUUAAACGACUUGCCGUCGAGGAUAUGAAGAUCCGGAUCUCUGCGCCUGCGGAGCGCAAGUACACGACCUGGAUUGGUGGUAGCAUUCUUGCUGGUCUGAGCACUUUCAGAAAGAUGUGGGUGAGCGCGGACGAGUGGCAUGAGGACCCCGAGAUCAUCUUCAAGCGAUUCGCAUAA